AUGUCUAGCGCUACUCCAUCGGUCACUGCUCCCAUCUCGGGUCCGCAGUCCGCUCGCGUCGGUCAACCGCCCGCACCCUCCGCAUCCUUGGUCGCAAAAUACAGAGGCGCAACCGUCGAGGACCUUCAAGUACCUCCCGCCAUCUCGGUGCCCAGCUCGACUUCCAUCUCGUCUGCUCUUCGCGUUGCUCUCGACCAUGACUACUCCCAGCUCCCCCUGGUCAGCGACAAGAACCGGAAGCUGCUCGGGUAUGUGCAGAAGGACCGCCUCGAGCAGCAGGUCAACAGCUCCAACGGCGACAAGACGGUUGCCACCAUCAUGACCAAGUUCUCUGGUGGCUCUGCCGCUGCCUCGUCCUCUUCAGCUGCUGUAGCUACGUACACUGUCAUUACUCCCGACACGGGUCUGGCAGAGCUCGAAGUCUUCUUGCAGUCUCAACCCUUUGCAUUCAUCACUGAUCCUGGUAGGGCCUUCGUUCUCGGCGUAGCUACUCAAGAAGAUCUUUCCAAAUACGUGUCGAGGCGAGGUCUUGAUGGUACUCGUUCCGGGGCUGCCACUCCAACACAAGCUACGACGUCGAUUCCCGCCGCUGCAGGUGCAGACAACGACGAGCCAAUGCCCUCCACAUCUGCCGGUCUCGCAUCAUCUUCGUCAACUGCAGCUGCGAAUGUCGCUGCUGCCUCGUCAUCGCAAGCCCCACAGCAACCAGCAAUGACGCGCAGAGAGGAGGAGGAAGCGAGGAAGGACCGCACGCUCGCCGAGUUCAUGCAGCUGCUCGACGGAUACACGCCUUUGAUACCCGACCAGGUCACCGACUUCUACCUCGAAAAGGUCGGCUUCGAGUGCCGCGACGUUCGACUCAAGAGAUUGUUGUCGCUGGCAGCCGAAAAGUUCGUUAGCGACAUUGCUGCGGAUGCGUUCCAGUACGCUCGCAUUCGCACCAACGCCGGUCCCGGAGGUCGCCCUCGUGGUCAGGUCGGUGCCGGUGCGGCGGGAGCAGGUGGUUCUGCAGCUGGUGGUGCCGCAGGCGGUGCUCUCCCCGCUGGCGCGAGGGAUCGCUCCAGGACCGUGCUUACCAUGGACGAUCUUUCCGCUGCUCUUGGCGAAUACGGUAUCAAUGCUCGCCGUGCCGAGUACUUCCGUUAA